GUCGUGUUUGUUGCUAGGGCGAAACUUUUCCGUUUCAUCAAGGAGACCAAAGAGAAUAAAGAGCGUGGUGUUGGUGAUCUCAAGAUACUUCGUAAUCCUAAAAAUAAUGCUCAUCGUGUGGUGAUGCGCCGCGAACAAGUGCAUAAAGUAUGUGCGAAUUUCGCUAUCCUGCCCACAAUUGAAUUGAAUGAAAAGAAGGGAAUGCCAAACGUCUACAAUUGGAUAUGUCGCGAUUAUUCGGAAUCAAAUGAGGGUGUGGAUGAGAUAUUUACGGCGAAAUUCAAAACAGCUGAAAUUGCCAAGGAAUUCCACGACAAGUUCAAGGAAGCUGCGGCGGCGCAUCCGAGUGCCUCCAAAUAG